AUGAAGACCCUGGGGAUCGGCCACAUCCUUGUGAUGUUACAUUGUGCUCUCUACCUACCUUUGGUGGUUUCCUCUGACAAAGUCACCAUCCCGCCAGAGCUGAAGUCGGUGGUGGCGAGAAUUGCGGUCAACGCCACAGCCUGCAGCGUCACCUGUGGGCUGGGCUUCAAACUGGAGGAGCUGUGCGAGAUCACUCCCUCCGGAGAGAGGAGAAAUUGUACUUUGGAGAGGUCCGAGUGCCUCACCAACUGGAUUUGUGGUUUGCUCCACUUCACUGUCCCUGCGGGCAAACCCUUCGAGCUCAGCUGCCUGGACUCUGACGCCAGCAGGCUCGGGAGCAGAGGCUAUGGCUGGACGUGGAGCCUUGCCUAUGGCCUCGUCACCACAAACGAUGUGCUCUUCAAACCUUUUAAAAACCCCGAGCCCGUCGUCAGGUUUUCCGCCACCAGGGAGGCUGAUGCGGGGACUUACCGAUGCGACGUGCGGAAGUUGAAGACGCUCAAAGUCGUCAAGAGGAUCUAUUUUGGGGUCAGGGUGAUCCAAAGUAAGUUGGUGGAUCUGGACUUUGAAAAAUCUUUGACUCGGGAACAGAAGUUAGCAGCGAUUGAGGAGGAAGGAAACGCAGGAAAUAGCACCUAUGAAGAAAUGCGAGAAAAGCAGAGCUUUGAGCAAGCAGAACUGUUAUAUAAAGGCUUGACAGUAGCUGGAAUUGGAGUGAUCGUGGCUCUCUUCGUGAAAACAAUUCUCUACGUCCUGAAGAUUUUCAAAAGGAGAGCUGCACAGCAAUGA